UAUCUAAAAAUAAAGAAGAAAUUUUAAUAGAAUUCAAGAAGCAAUUACAUUUAGCAUCUGUUAAUCAGUUAUUAAACAAAAAAGCCUGUGAUAAAGCGACAAAACUUUACAAAAAUGCAGAGAGGAACUUUGAAUUCAAAGAAAUUGUAGCACUUUUUGUUCGGAUAGACGAGAAG